GUCUGUCAUAUCCUGGCGACGGCUUCACCGAAAGCCUGAACAAUCCAAGCUACGACACCCUUUACUCCGCUACCCCGUCACGUUAACCCUUCUUCCACGAUCCUGAAGCAAAAAAACUCAGCCUAUGACAUACGUUCAUAGUUACCUAUAUCCUAAGUGCACAGCCGCGUGCAGUGGGUCACCUUGCGAGGUAGAGAUGUGAAUGCACCGUGCAUCAAACUCCCAGCUCUUAGGCCCUUCGCCUUCCUCCCACAUCAGCAUCCUCGUGGUAUAAAGAUACCCCAAAUGGUUCUUAAGAUGGGUCGUCCGGUAGCUCCAACCGCUCUCCAGGAGCUCCAAACCCCCUCAUCAAUACCGGCGCAGAUCGGCGCUCUGAAGACGCUGAAGAACGAAAUCAUCGGCCAUGACCAGAGGAAAGAACUCGUUAUUCGCCAUGGUAUAGUCGAGCCGCUGGUACGAAUCCUCUCAACAUAUUCGAGGACGAGUGGGAAGAAGCGCAUGCGGGAACGGAGUGACAAUGGAGAUAAUGCCGAGAAGUCGUGGACCGAAGAGGAUGACCUUCGAUUACAAGCGACACUUAUUGUCGCAAGUUUGGGAAAUGGUGGACUCCCAUUUGUCGUUCCGCUGAUCGCUGGUGGCCUUUUCCAACCUCUCCUUACUAGCCUCUCACCCAAGGACAAUGACCCUCGCCUUGUCCUUGCUACACUCCGAGCGCUACUUGUUCUCGCUGAGCCAUAUAGUCAUGACCUAGAUGCCGUCAACAGGCAGAUCUCUCCCUCGCUGCCAGCACAACUGUAUACGAGACCCGUGGUCAACGUCUUGGUGGAGUUGCUUGUGCAGCCCGGAACCAGCGCCGUAAUCCUGGAACACAUUAUAUCGGUUGCACAGCUGCUAGGAGCAACAUGUCAGACUGCACAGCAUCGCCAACUUCUGGUGAAGUCUGGUGUCUUGGAUCUGUUGGCGGCAAGAUUGGCUUCGACAAUCGUCUCCAUGAACUACCCGAUUCCAGAUGCCGAUCCAGCUGCUGUGAAGAGUCUCCUUCCUUCAGUUCCACCUUCAAAGGUGCAAUUUCUUUUGAAUGCGAUUGCAGCCAUAACCGACACUUCUCCAUACCGCACUGCGAGAUUACUAUACUCGCCACCUAUUUACAGUGUCUUUCCGAUCACCAAAUCUUCGAAGCCACCUCCCAAUGAAUCGACCUUUAAUGUGUCGGGAGGUCCUGUACAAAAACCGGAAAGCAUCGAUAUGCUUCUACCACAAAUCCAGGCCGAGCAAAGUAAAAGGGAGUACACCUAUUCCAAAGCAUUCCCUGCCCUGAGCUCCCUAACCAGCGGGUUGCGGCAAGCUGGUCAGGAUUUUGAUUUCGGGCUGACGGCGCUUCGUGAUCCAUCAGGACAGCCGCAGCCGUCUUCAAGGCCGAUAUCUGGAAGCGAAUUUGGCAGUCCGCUCAUAGCAUGGCUGAUUCAUACAUCGAGAACCACGACGGGCCUGGAACGUCUAUCAGCGAUCAACCUCCUCACACUCAUGGUGCGAGCCAUCGACAAUAAUUCGUCCUCGCUCGACAUCUGGGUCGAGCCAUCUCGCAACCGCGACCGAACACUGGCAUUUCUUGUAGUGCCUUUGAUUGUGAAAAUGCUGGACGAAUCACUUCCAUCGAAGAAGUCAUCCUCGAAGUCAAAGACCGAGGAGAGCCUCCCGGUUGCGAGGAAAAUCAAAGAGUCUGCUCCAAUCGCUCUAGCGCGCCUGAUCGAGGACAGUCCAGCUCUGCAAUCUGCAGCAGUUGACGCGGGUGCUACCCCGAAGCUUUGCACGUUCGUCAAGAAAUCCUUCGACAGUAUCACCACAACCAAUACUCAAAUGUGGUCUCCGCACCAAGUCGAGAAGGACAACGUAUUGAGCGGAUCACCCGCCACGACGCUUGGAGAGCCAGGAAUGGUUUCCCAAACGCUACAUGCCCUGCGCUAUCGAGCAGCCGCCAUGACUGCGUUGAGCGCAAUUGUCCAGCGAGAAGACAUGUACCGGAGGGAGUUAAUCAAGUCGGAGGGAGGCAUGGCUCCUUGCAUUGUCGAAUCUCUGGUUCCACGCCUUGACGCUAUCCCGGCCUACGAAGAUCAAGACCGCAAAAAUGCAGGCAACCCAACCUUUGUCAUCGUAGCUGCCUGCGACUUAAUCCGAGCCUUGUCAAGAUCAGUACAUGUAUUGCGAACGAAUCUGAUCGAUGCAGGCGUGGCAGUUCCAGUUCUGAGGCUGCUGAAACACAAGUCACUUGAUGUGCAGCUAGCUGCCACAAAUGCGUGUUGCAACUUGCUCUUACACUUCAGUCCGAUGAGAUCGGAGGUCCAAAAUACCGAUGCAUUAAAGACACUGUGUAUGCAUGCACAUUCGGCGGACGCGGAACUCCAGUUCACCUCGCUGUGGGCACUGAAACAUCUUAUGCACUCUGCUCCGGUCGAUCUCAAGACUAGCUGUCUCGAGGAAUUGGGUAGUGGAUGGCUCGUCCAAACGAUAAGUGCCGAUGUCCGGUUUGGCCCUAACACUCCUUCCCUGAGCAUGGGCACUCCGAAUGCGGCCGGUGAGCAGGUAGAUCUGCUGAAUGCCGCACCGGAACCUUUAAUGGAUGUCGAUUCGGUGUCAUCGGAGGAUGACGAAGAGGACGAUGAUGCCAUGACGGACAGCAUCGGGGCACUCAACCUCCCAAAAUACAACGUCCGGGCUACGUCGGCCCAGAACCGCGUCAGAUUGAGGGCCAUCAAGGAAGCCGAGUUCAGCCCCGCGAUCAAGGAACAGCGCGACCGUAUCCGAAUCCAGGAACAAGCCCUCGAUUUCAUCCGAAACAUCAUCGGCGAGCCCGGGCAGCAUAUGGGAGUGGUCAUCGACCACCUCCUCGACGCCCUCGGCACCGACCGACUCUUCGAGAUCCUCGCCUCCAAACUCCGCGCCAACCCCACCGCCUUCUCCUCCACCUCCCCCGCAUACACCCACAUUGCCACCCCGUCCUUCGAAUUCGGCUACAAAUCCACCAACAACCCCAAGCCAUCCGCACCCGCGUCCACCGCCCAAAUGCCCCCUACCUCCGUCAUGGUCGCCGCGAUCUUCAUCCUCAUCCACAUGGCCAACGGCUCCGCCAAGCACCGCCACCUCCUCCUCCACUUUACCUCGCCCUCCCUCCCCCCGCUCAUCACCCCGCUCUUCAACCACCCCGACCGCCGCGUCCGCGUCGCGUGCUGCUGGCUCGCGUUCAACCUCAUCUGGCAGGACGACAACUCCGACGCGGACGGCGCGCGGCUGCGUGCGCUGGAGUUGCGGAGGCUGGGGUGGGAAGAGAAGGUUAAGGGGCUGCUGAAUGAUGGGGAUCUGGAUUGCCGGGAAAGGGCGAAGAAUGUGGUUGAGCAGUUGAGUCGGUUGGAGGUAGCGGCGCCAUUGGGGAUGGGGGGUCGGAGUGCGGCGACGAGAGUUUGGGAGAGUUGAGGUAGCGUGGUGGGGGUUGGUUGGAGCAAGUUCCGACCACGGGUAUCUGUGCUCGAACAGUCUGUAAUUGCUCAGUUAUAGCUUCGCAUUCAUGCAAUGGGCACGGGUAGGUAAAAGUCAUUGGUUGGCGCCCUGUAUGGAUUAUCGUUUGUCUAUGAGAGCAACGUUGUAUAUCAUUAUACAAUCAACUAAGAUCUGUCGAAUAGUGCAUCUCUAUACGCCUCAUCUGACAUUAGGCGGUGAUUACUGAAUAAUAAACCAAG